AUACCGCCGAACUUUAAAUAUUAUGAGUUUGUUUUGACACCUAAAUCAGUAUUAAAAAUGUAAAUGUAUUUUUACUAUAAACAAAUUUCAAAAAACAAAAUAAAAAAUAUAUAUUAAAAAAAAUCCGCUCCCAGGUCGCCUUUCGCGGUCACCAUAGCAACGCGCCUGUUUGCAAAUGGCCUCCCAGCAGAAACUUUACAGUUCGCUUAAAAACUAAAGUAAAUAACAAUCAUGUCUGAGACCCCAAACCGCCGCAGUUCGUCUUCAACACGCGAGGAAAGAGUUCGUUCUCCUGAUGUUCUGGUUUCUGGGAGCGACGAGAGGUUCUUCCGGUCUCUGUACGAGUUUAUUGAGCACGAGAAGAAAUACCUGCAGAGUCCAGAAGAAGGUCCGGACGAGCUGAGAUACAUCAUCUACCGGUCCGUGUUCAAUAAGGUGAUUGGACGAGCCACAGCCUAUAAGAGGCUCCUGUUGACCAUCAAGGCGGAGUAUGACGACUCCAUCAGGGAGCUGAAGAGGAGGGAGGAGGAAGUUCAGGCGUGUCAGCGGUCGAAGGCAUCCUCCACAUCACGACCAGCAUCACUGGAGAUCUGCAGGAGACGAGCUGCUCAGCUGACGGACCGAAUCUCUGUCCUUCAGAGGGAAACAUCAGAACUCAACGAGCAGAUUGACGGACUGAAGUCACGUAAAGAGCAGAGCAGCUGGAUCCCAGGCGUGACGGUGGCCCAGUCGGAGGAUCUGGACUCUCUGAACCGACACCUGGAGGAGCUGCAGCGUUACAGAGCUGCUCUGAUGGACACCAAGAGUCAGAGCGUCUCUCUGGAGGUCAGAGACAAGAUGGACGCCGAGCUGCAGGAGGCUGAGCGCCGCCGAGAGAAACUGAACGCCGAGAACCAAAACCUGAGAGUCCUAUACGAGCGUCUGAGGAACGUGUGCGACCAUCUGAGCAGCUGGGAGGUCCAACAGCAGGUUCCUCUGCAGGAACUCAUCGGUUCCAUGAACCUCAGACGGACCAGCGAGUCAGACGAUGACGCUCACAGCGUCGAUGCCGAGCUGUUUGACGAGCCGACGGGAUUGGACGAGUCCGGCCUCCUGGCGGCUCACCUGGACAGGUUCAUGGAGCUCUUUGACUCGGCUCAGUUCCAGGAAGCUGCUCUGCUCGCUGCCAGGAGUCCUCCAGGAGUCCUGAGGAACCUCCACACCAUGGAGAUGUUCAGAGGUGUGUCGGGCCCUCCAGGCUCCGCCCCUCCGCCCCUCCUGUUCUUCAGGGCUCUGCUGAUCAGCGUCCAGACCGGCGGCGAGCUGUCGGCUGCUCUGUCCCUGCAGGGCGUCGUCUGUGCCCUGCAGCACGGCGACCUGAGGCUGGUCGUCCACGCCGUCACCCAGAACAAACUCACUUUCUCAGAGGACCUGGGCGACGUCCUGACUGAGCACGCUCAGAAGAACCCCGCCGUGGCCGACAUGUGUCUGGCGUUGGCCACCGUCGUCUACGAGGCCUGCAGGCUGGACAGGAAGUCCGCACUGAGCAUGUGCAGGAGAGGCCUGGUCCACAGCGCCGCUGAGUUCAUGAAGCACAGCGAGGACCUCACAGCGGAGGACUGUAUGUGGGUCCUGUGUCGCUCGCCCAGCCUCUCCCUCCUCCAGCUGCUGACGGAGCCUCGGCGGGGCCGGGCGGCCAUGUUGUCGGUGGGCGGGGCCUGCGCCGCUCUGCUGGUCGACCCUCAGCGGCAGCAGUUGGCGCUGCAGCUGCUGGACGGUUUCAUGAGCCGAGGACGAGGGGUUCUGGACGAGGCGAUCCUGGAGGACAGCGGCUCCUCGGUGGACGUCUGGGUCCACGUGGCGUCUCUGUGUUCUGAGCUGAGGCGGGCCGACCUGAGCCGGGCCGUGCUGUCCGUCCUGCUGGACCAGAGCGGAACCAGAGUCCUGAGUCCGGACCUGCAGGGAGCCCGGCUCAUGGAGCACGUCCUCCUGUGAAGCUGGAGGCCUUUCUGCUGCAGGACUUCUGGAUGUUUGGACUGAAUCUGGACGAGCUGCCGGACAAGAAUGUGAACGUCUGAA